AUGAGUUGGAAAGGCUUCACUAAGAGCGUCACCCGCCAGUUCAAGCAGAGGUUCAAUAUGGGCGAGAUCACAAAGGAUCCUGUCUACGUUGACGCCGAGCUUCGCUUCGCCGAGCUCGAGACCGAAACGAAACGCCUCCACGAUGAGUCGGAAAAGUACUUCAAGUCCAUUAACAACAUGCUGGACCACCAGAUCGAGUUCUCCAAAGCUUGCGCCGACCUGUACAAGCCCAUCUCCGGUCGUGCCUCGGACCCUAGCUCUUACGUCGUCGAUGGCAACCCCGAGGGUAUCCGCGCUUGCGAGGAAUACGAGGCCAUUGUGAAGGACCUCAAAGCAUCGCUGCAGCCCGAACUGGAGAUGAUCGAAUCUCGCAUCGUGAAACCGGCCGACGAACUUCUCGAAAUCAUCAAGCAGGUCCGCAAGUCGGCAGUCAAGCGUGACCACAAGCAACUCGACUAUGACCGUCACCGAGCCACGCUUAAAAAGCUGCAGGACAAGAAGGACAAGACGCUUAAGGACGAAAAGGCUCUGUACAAGGCAGAGAACGAGGUCGAGGUCUCGACUCAGGACUACAACUACUUCAACGACCUGCUCAAGACGGAGCUGCCCGAGUUGUUCCGCCUCGAGCGUGAAUUCAUCCUUCCUCUGUUUCAGUCAUUCUAUUACAUGCAGCUGAACGUCUUCUACACGUUGCACGAGCGCAUGCAGAGCAUCGACAUUGGCUACUUCAACUUGACUCUGGACAUUGAGGCAGCCUUCGAAGAGAAGCGCGGAGAGAUCCAACAACAGGCCGAAGCCUUGACGAUUGUGCACUUCAAGACCAAGGGCUUGGGUCGACCGGCUGGCAGCAAGUACGGCAGACUGGCAAUCGAGGGCAAGCCCAAGCCUUCGCCUCCUGGUCUUGCAUCGUCGACAGCUCAGCUGUCCAUCGAAGAUAGUAACCCAACUUCUCCUCCACCUUACUCGGCCACCGGAUCAGCGACUGGUGGACUUGCGCGCAUGUCGUCAAUCGCAAAGAGCAAGCCUCCACCCCCAAAGCCCAAGCCCUCCCGAUUCAGUGGUGUGCCUCAGGCAGAGACAUGUACGGCACUGUACGAUUACGAAGCUCAAGCAGAGGGUGAUCUUAGCUUCAGCGCGGGCGAGGUGAUCGAAGUUGUGCAACGCACGGCGAAUGAGAAUGAGUGGUGGAUUGGAAAGAUUGGCGCAAGACAAGGGCAGUUCCCAGGCAAUUACGUGCAGCUCAACUCGUAG